GGGAGCUGGUCGUCGCUAGCGUCAAGGCCGACGAUACUGCGUGGAUACGGGAGCAACUGGCCGGCUGGAAGGCGAAUAUCUACGUUGCCGACGCUGAUGCUGCGAGCAAUUCGGGCCUCUCUGUGCCUGUGAACAAGGGGAGGGAGGCCAUGGUGUAUCUGACGUGAGGCCCUCAGCCGUUUAUAAAUUAAUUACCGGCGUAGUUAAAACGUGAGACACUGGGGCUGAUGUUUGUUUGUUUACUGUGUCCCAGGUAUAUCAUAGAUCGAUACGACUCGCUGCCAGACUUUAUGAUAUUCAUGCAUGGACGGCGCUACCAAUGGCACAACGACGACCCAAUAUACGACGGUGCGUCGGUUAUAAGCAAGCUACAGCUUCAGGCAGUGGUCAAGACGGGAUAUGCGCCACUGAGAUGUACCUGGAUACCAGGCUGUCCCGUGGAACUGCACCCGCUAAAGCCCGUUGACGAAGGGCCCAUAGUUCGCCAGCAGACCGAGCUCGCCUUUGCAACCGUCUUCAAGACGUUAUUCCCCGGUGCCGAAGUGCCUGCAGAGGUGGGUGCGACAUGCUCGUCCCAGUUUGCUGCCACACGGGAACAGGUCAUGCUGCGGCCCAAGGCGGACUAUGAGCGUAUUCGCAAAUGGCUGGUCGAGACUAACCUGCCUGAUGAUAUCAGCGGGAGAAUCAUGGAGUAUAUGUGGCACAUGAUCAUGCAGAAGAAACCGGUAUACUGCCCGCCGGCUGGGGAAUGCUACUGCUUCACGUUUGGCCUGUGUAAUCUAGAGUGCACGGCGGCUAGGUGUGAGAAGCAAUAUGUCCUGCCUACUUAUGCAGCUGUUCCAGAUGGCUGGCCGGAGAAGGGCGGAGGUGAGAACGGAUGGCCCAAGCCUGGCUGGAAUCAAUGACGACUCAACUCGAGGCAUAGAGUCUGCUGUUCGCUGAGCUAGGAAUCUGUGGCCAUGACCUGAUGGAUCUCAGCUAUAGGACGGCUGUCAGCUGUAAUUUGAAGUGAAUAAGGCCAUUGAUUGGAUUCAGAAGUCCCCUCAGAGACAUCAUGGCCCAUUGGUGAAUGUAUAUAGCCGAAUCAAGACUGUAUCAACCCGUAUUCAAACACCUCUGGCCCUAUCUCCUCUCCGUUCCAAGUUAAGACAACAGUCUUUUUCAGAGGGUCUGUCUCUCCCCCGUGUCUGAUCUGCACCCCUAAACCCUCCAGCCCAACUUCAGC